GUCGAGGAUGACAGCUGCGGAGAAUAAAGAAAGGAACGGGGGUGAGCCUGUGAUGGAAGACAGUCACAUUUAAGUAGAUUUAUUAUGUGCUAAUUACCAAACCAAAUGAUUAUCUGUGAAAGUAGAUAAUACGAAAGCAGUUAAUUUGUUUUGCGUAGGCAGUUGCCGUCCCGACACUAGCACAGUCUUCACUGUCUGAGCUGUGUCUGUGUGGAAUCAGAGGAUCUAAAAUCGAGGGACAACCCAGAAGCCCAGGCACACCCUAAUCUUGGUACCCAAGAGUGAACAUGUCUGUCAUGUAAUAUUAAGUAUUUACAAUGACUCUUUAGGCUUUCUGGCAUUCACUUGGCUGUUCCACGACUUCCAGUUAUACGACACCUUUUCAGUAUUUUCCAGCUAAACUGGAUAUGACUGAAUCAUCAUGCCACACAGACUUCUGCGGAGAUAACCCCUCGCCAGGCUGUAGUGUUGGAUAGUCGGGUUAGCGACCCACGUAGCUUGCUUCCAAUGAUUUAGAAGUGGGUGAAUAUCGAAAUUAUUGUCCUCAUUUAUCUGACAGAACAUUAUAGUUCAUAAUGAAUUCUACAAUGUAUACAUUUGUCGCUCGUGAUGACAACAGUAGCGUUUACGCUGAAGUUUCUAAGAUUCUCGUCUCGACUGGACAAUGGAAGAGGCUGAAAAGGGACAAUCCCAGAUUCAACUUGAUGUUGGGCGAAAGGAACAGACUGCCGUUUGGACGUCUUGGCCAUGAACCCGGGCUGAUGCAACUGGUGAAUUAUUACAGGGGAGCUGACAAGCUGUGCCGCAAGGCAUCAUUAGUCAAAUUAAUUAAGACCAGUCCAGAAUUGAGAGACUCAUGCAACUGGUUCCCUGAGUCUUACAUCAUCUAUCCAACCAACCUCAACACUCCUGUUGCUCCUGCGACUAAUGGGAUUAGCCACAUGAAAAGCAACCCAAAGACGGAUGAACGCGAGGUCUUCUUGGCUUCCUAUCACUCAAAAAAAGAAAGCGGAGACGGAACAGUGUGGAUUGCCAAGUCAUCUGCUGGGGCAAAAGGUGCUGGAAUUUUUAUAUCCCAUGAUGCAAAUCAGUUGCUGGAAUACAUUGAUAAUCAGGGUCAAGUUCACGUCAUUCAGAAAUAUCUAGAGAGGCCACUACUUCUUGAGCCGGGCCAUCGCAAGUUUGACAUCAGGAGCUGGGUGCUCGUAGACCAUCAGUACAACAUCUACCUUUACCGAGAAGGUGUGCUGCGGACUUCCUCUGAGCCCUACAACAGCUCCAACCUCCAGGACAUGACCAGCCACCUGACCAAUCACUGCAUUCAGAAGGAGCACUCUCAUAACUAUGGCCGCUACGAGGAAGGAAACGAAAUGUUCUUCGACGAGUUCAGGCAGUACCUGCUCUCCACUCACAGUGUUGCCCUGGAGACUUCCAUCUUACCUCAGAUCAAGCAAAUCAUAAAGAGCUGUCUGUCAUGUAUUGAACCAGCAAUCAGCACCAAGCACCUGUCCUAUCAGAGCUUCCAGCUCUUUGGCUUUGACUUCAUGUUGGAUGAGAGCUUCAAGGUGUGGCUGAUCGAGAUCAACGGGGCUCCGGCUUGCGCACAGAAACUCUAUCCAGAGCUUUGCCAGGGUAUUGUGGAUGUAGCAGUAUCCAGUGUCUUCACCCUGAACAGUGACUCCUCCUCCUCCUCCUCAGCCUCUUCUUCCCCCUACUCGUCCUCCCCUUCCUUCUCAACAAUCACAACAUCCUCUUGUUCCUCCCCGAAAUUGAGAGGGCCCCUCCAUGUGGGCCCUUUCACUCGACUGUAAGCACACAAAAUCCUUGUUCUCUUCUACAAAUAGCCUAAAUCUCUACCCUCUAUCCCAUGCAAACUCCCAUGCUCUCCUUGAAAGGUCCCAUGGGCUUGGGAAUCUGGACAGCUUUUGGUACCUCUUGAUUUGUUCUUCCGUAUUCUCUUCUCCCUAACCCCUUGGCCACCCAGAGUACACGUUUGUAGAGAUUUUGCUGAUUUUGAGGCGAGUGAUGAAACAGCAGAGUGAUAAGUUAGAAGAUUCCAGAAUGAGACGAGGAGUCUUUCCAUCCCCUAAUGCUGCCACUGGGUCUCCCUGGGUCUGGUGGAGAGAGAGGCUCAGAGUUGCAUCCUAUUCUGAGACUGUAGUGCCUUACAUCUCUAUCUCCUUAAAAGAUGCAAAAUGUUUAUCGCUUGCCUCUGCUAUUGUGUGUGUUAUGUGUGCUGUCGGGAAGCCAAGUGCGUAUCAAUGUGUGGUCUGGUCCGGAGUAUGUAUGGUAUGUAAAUCUAUUGGUUUUACCCACAAAUUUUAGCACUGCAAUAAACAUUCCGCUUCCCUGUAUGAUGAUACCAUAACAGACAUUAUAAAAAGGCAAACCUCAUAUCAUUGGGUGACGUGUCAGAGAGAGGUGUAGGUAUUCUACUGUAGGUAUUGUUGCUAAGCAGUACGUUUAUCGGAUUUGUUUUAAUGCUUGUUCUUUACAAAGUGGGCAUGUAACUUAGGUCUUACAUAAAAUGAUAUACAUUUCAUUUAUGUCAGUGUUCUUUUUUGUAUGAAGUUCCCAAUUCUGUCCUCAGGUUUCUAUCCAUUUAGAAGAGACGGCAUGUUGUGAAAGCAUGAAGUAGUAGCCUGUGCUGAUCUAUUUCAAUUAGGACUGCUUACCCUUUUGGCCUUGUGUACUGAAAGUUCUUUGCUAAUAAAGAGCUGCCUAGAGGCAGCUUGUUGUUUUCUUGUUAAUUUUUUCUAAGAGAUCCAUUUAAUGCUUAUUUAAUAACUGCAAAUGUGUUUGUUUUAACAUAGAUUGGUGUAAUUCUGCAGACUUCUCGUGUAUGGAUUAGCUUUGCAGUACUGUUCAAGUGCUUUUAAUAAUGAUAGUGACCUGUAAAAAGUUAGUAAUUUUGAGGUAGAGAGAUACCAUAAAUGGAGAAUACUGCAAAACUAACCACAAAACCUGUAUGUCAAAGCAAUUAUGUAUUUUUUUGUGUUAAUUUAUUGAAAGCCUGUUCAGUUACUCACCUGCAUGCUUGGUUAUAUACAGUAUAUAAUUUUGCUUGUUAGUCCUGUAUGUUCAAGUUGCACUGUGGAACACUGUACCAUCUGACCACAUAGUCUGUACAUGGCCUUAAUAGCAUUGUAACAGUUUUAAAUCCCAUGAGUUUGUUUUAGUUCAUUUUCAGUUUGUUUUCAUUUAGGUUUAUCCCUUUUCCACCAACUUUUCGUCUGUCCCAGGAUAAUGCAAUUUGAGUCUGUGCUUCAUUAUGUUUUGAGGGACACUGUUGGCACAUAUCCAAUUUUAUUUUCUUUUUUUUUUCUUUGAGAAUGAAGGACAAGCAAGUGUGACUGACGGCAUUUAUUUAAAAUGCAUGAUCAGGGGACACAAUUGCUUGAAAUGCAUAAUUGUGAUUGAAUGUUUGAGUAGAUUAUGUACAGAACAUAUCUCUAGAUAUUUUGCUAAACAAUAAAAAGAACAUGGUUCUACUCAGCACAUUAUUGGGAAUGUAUGUCCAAAAGAAAUUCUCAGCAUUAUUAUCAAAUUUACAAUUCUUGCCAUCAAAGGGAAGAGGUGCCUUAGCAGGACUUGACUCUUUAAUAUGUUUUAAAGAAGAAUUUGACCUCUUGCAUAAAGAUGCACCUUCUAUUUGUUUGAUUGUUUGGAAAGAAGUGAAUUUGACUGUUGUUAAACCUAUGUAGCUGUUAAUUGUUUUUCAAGUCCUUCAUGAUGUAGCUUUUAUCUUCAUACAAUGUUUAUUUACUGCUUGACCGGACAGUGGUGACUUGGUAUAUUCUGUAAUCCAAUUAUUUACCAAAGAAAACAACUGAUUGUGAAUAAGACACUGUUUUCUUGUCCCAUUUGUGUUCUUUUCAGUGUUAAAAACAUUAAAGGUUAAAAACCUCUAGUGAAUCUACCGAAAGGCGGAGGGAUGCUAUGUUGUGUUUUCCUAAUGUUUUAUCAAACUCUUGCACGAAAACCUGAUUGUCUGUUUAUUCAUGUAGAAUAAAAAAUAUCUAAUGUGGGUGA